UUUAGGUAGGGAGAGAUGGGUUGAAGCAGAUGAUCUGCUUCCUUUCCUUUCCCAGUUUCAGUUUUCUGAGAGAAUUUCUUUUGGUGAUGAUGGUCCCACUGUUAGUCUUUCUUUUUAUUUAUUGUUUUUAAUAAACACAGAAUUAUAGCACUUAAAGCGACUCAUUUCUAACUAUAAAAUCUUAAUUCUAUACAUAAAAACCCUUCAAUUGCGCUCUUGUCUAUCCCACUUCUCUCUUCUUUGUCUGUGUCUAUUGUCAUUCUUAUUUACUUUUUCUUUUCUUUUCUUUUUGGUACCAAAUCUUUUUCCAUUAAUGGAGCUUGAAGCUUCCUGGUUUUUGCAGUCUCUUCAUGCUGUUCUUUUCUUUGUUUUACUAGCUAUCAUCGGUUCUUGUCUUUUUUCUCUCUUAUUCUACUCACUAAGAUUAAAGCUUCGGUGCAAUUGUGAGAUAUGUGAAGCUUAUCUCACCUUGAGUUGGACCAAACAAUUCAAUAAUCUUUGUGAUUGGUAUGCUCAUCUUUUGAAGAGUUCUCCGACAAAAACAAUCCAUAUUCAUGUUCUUGGAAAUACUAUAACAGCCAACCCGGAAAACGUUGAGUAUAUGCUUAAAACAAGAUUUGAUAACUACCCAAAAGGGAAGCCUUUCUCUACAAUCUUGGGUAAUUUUCUUGGUCGAGGGAUAUUCAAUGUUGAUGGUGAUUCAUGGAGGUUUCAGAAAAAGAUGGCCAGUCUCGAACUCGAUAGAUUCUCUAUAAGAAUGUACGCAUUUGAGAUUGUUCUUUAUGAGAUUGAGCAUCGCCUUGUUCCACUUUUAUCUUCAGUUUCAGGGAACGAAGGUGGAGUCUUGGAUUUGCAAGACGUGUUUCGAAGAUUUUCUUUCGAUAGUAUAUGCAGAUUUUCUUUUGGACUUGACCCAAGAUGCUUAGAGCCCACUCUUCCGAUUUCAGAAUUUGCUGUUGCUUUUGACUUAGCAUCAAAAUUAUCUGCUGAAAGAGCCAUGGUUGUUUCUCCACUUGUUUGGAAGAUUAAAAGGAAGCUGAACUUAGGCUCAGAAAAGAAAAUGAAAGAAGCUAUGACGGUGAUCAAUAUUUUAGCUCAAGAAGUUAUCAGGCAAAAGCGAAUCAUGGGAUUCCUGUCACACAAAGAUCUUCUAUCUCGUUUUAUGCAAACUGUUAAUGAUGAGACUUACUUAAGAGAUAUUGUUAUAAGUUUCCUCUUGGCUGGCCGCGACACGGUGGCCUCUGCCUUAACUAGCUUAUUCUGGCUACUUGCGAACCACCCAGAAGUAAGUUCAGCAAUUCUAUUAGAAGCAGAUAGAGUUCUUGGUCCGAAUCAAGAACUCACAAGCUAUGAACAGAUGAAAGAUCUUCACUACUUGCAAGCAACAGUUUAUGAAAGCAUGAGGCUCUAUCCUCCUAUCCAAUUUGAUUCAAAGUUUUGUCAAGAAGAUGAUACGUUACCAGAUGGGACUUUCGUGAAUAGAGGAACUAGGGUUACUUAUCAUCCAUACGCAAUGGGACGGAUGGAAGAUUUAUGGGGUCAAGAUUGCUUAGAAUUCAAGCCAGAAAGGUGGUUGAGAAAUGGUACUUUCUUCAAUGAAAACCCUUUCAAGUAUCCUGUUUUCCAAGCAGGAUUAAGGGUAUGUUUGGGGAAAGAAAUGGCUUUGUUAGAGCUUAAAAGUGUUGCUAUUUCAUUGCUUAGAAAAUUCCAUAUUGAAUUAGAGACAUCUUAUCGAACACCAAGAUUCUCUCCUGGUUUGACUGCUACUUUUAGCGGUGGGCUACCAGUUGUGGUUCGAUCGAGCAAGGUAAACCCAUGAUCAAUUACCGGAGUUUUUCUUUCUUGAUCCUCAGAGAUCGAUCCAUGUAUAAUAAUUAUAAGUAUAAUGAUAUUACAAGAUCUUGUAAGAACAGUGAUAUGCACCUGUCAGAGCUGAUAAGGGAAGGUGUAUGAUGUGAAUUAAUGGCCUAAACCAAUAGCAUAAUGCCUGGUCGAUGUCAGGAAAAAAAAAAACGAGGCAAAUAUAUCUCUACUUGUCAAAAAUCAAUGAUCGGACAGGCUCAUAUAUGUGUUAAAUUCUUGUAUUUCCUUUUCCAGUUUCAGUGUGUUUUUGACUAUGCAGAUUGUCAUGUCUAGAUAUAUUCCUUCUUGGAAUCUGUAAAGUGGGCAUGGAUGUACUUCCUUUGUUUUCUUCCCGAAGUUCUGAUAUGAUACAUAUGAACCGCAUGUUUUUGUA